AUGGAGGCAGCAAAAGACACUUCCCCGGAGGCCUCGAUUGCAUGGCUGGUGCAAACCAUCCUCGCAACCCUCUUGAUGGACAAGAUGGAGGAGUGGAUUCGACAAGUCGGGUUUGGCGAUGACAUCGACAUGCUCAAGUCGGAGAUCAGGCGAGUCGAGAUAGUGGCUGAUGCUGUCAUUGGGAGGGCGGCCGAGAACAAGACACUAGCACGAUCUCUCGCUCGUGUCAACGAGCUGCUCUACGAGACCGACGAUGUUGUGGACGAGCUCGACUACUGCAGGCUUCAACAGCAAAUCGAAGGAGUUACAUGGGACGAACCCGAAGGUGUGUAUGGGGCUGAACGAGUCGAUGACAUAUCGAUUGGCGACGCUGAUACACUGAUGAAUACCAGUGUUGGCAAACUACGGUCCGUGGUAUGGGAACACUUUACGAUCACAGAAAAAAAUAACGGAAGGCCUGUCAAAUCAGUGUGUAGAUAUUGUGCCAAAGAGUUCACGUGCAAGACCAAGAACGGAACAUCAUCUAUGAACAAGCAUGUCAACAAGAUUUGUACGAAGAAACCUAGAGCGCAUCCACUAGUCCUUUCAAGCACUGGUGAUGGUACUGCAAAUGCAACACCUACUGUAAUUUGUGAUUCAUCCAUCAGAAAACGAAGGAGAGUGGAUGAGUUAGCACAAACCACUGCAUGUAAUACGCACAACCCUUGGGACAAGGCUACAUUAUCAAAUAGGAUACGAAAAUAUACUAGUCAGUUACAAGAAAUCCGAGAGGAAGUGAGUGAGGCUCUCAAGCUACAUGGAUUAGACUUAGCUUCCAAUUCAAAGCACCAUCGGGGUAUAUCCUUAGAUCAGCAACUAAGGACAUCGAGUCUUGUUCCAAGAAAAGUGUAUGGAAGAGUUGCAGAAAAGGACUCCAUUAUAAAGAUGAUAACAGACGAAAGAUAUGAUGGUGUAGUUGUUCUGCCUAUCGUAGGCAUUGCAGGUGUUGGCAAAACAACUCUUGCUCAACUUGUAUACAAUGAUCCAGAUGUAGAAGCUCAAUUUGACCACAGGGUAUGGGUUUGUAUGUCUCACAACUUUGACGAAGUGAGUCUGACAAGAGAGAUAUUAGACUCUAUUUCUCGAGAAAGGCAUGGAGAAAUAAACUGUUUUGCGAAGCUUCAGGAGAUCUUGAAGAAUCAUGCCAACUCAAAGAGACUUCUACUUAUUUUAGAUAAUGUAUGGAAUGACAAGAACGAUAUCCAAUGGGGCAAAAUGCUAGUUCCUCUGGUAUCGACUCGUGGGAAGGGUAAUGUGAUUCUAGUGACAACUAGAAAUAUGACGGUUGCCAAAAGGUUAGGGACCAUCAAACCAGUCAAGUUAGAUGCUCUGGCAAAUGAUGACUUUUGGUUAUUGUUCAAAUCAUGUGCAUUUGGUUAUGAGAACCAUGAGGAGCAUGAAAGUAUAAGUAUCAUCGGGCAGAAAAUAGCUGCCAAGUUAAAGGGCAACCCAUUAGCAGCUGUAUCUACAGGAGAACUAUUAAGGAAGAAACUUAACAUUGGUUACUGGACAAACAUUCUAGAGAACAACGACUGGAAAUCCAUGCAGCUCAGUAGAGGAAUCAUGUCUGCUCUGAAGCUUAGCUAUGAUCAACUUCCCUACCAUUUACAACAGUGUUUCUCGUAUUGCGCUAUAUUCCCUGACAGUUAUCAAUUUCUUGGUGAGGAGUUGGUCAGUUUUUGGAUAGCACAGAGAUUUGUGAAGUAUAACAACUCUAGCCAGAGUCCGGAGGGGAUAGGAUGGAGCUAUCUGAUUGAUUUGGUCAACCUGGGCUUCCUUCAAGAAGUUGAAAGAGAAGAACCCUAUCUAGGUAGUCAAGCUCUAUAUGCCGUGUGCGGAAUCAUGCAUGAUUUUGCUAUGAUGGUUUCAAGGGAUGACUGUGCAAGUAUAUGUGGUUUGCAGCGCAACAAAAUGUCUCAAAAUCUACGGCAUUUGUCGAUAGUUACUGAAUCUUCAUACAACAAAGAUAGGCAUGGGGAGUUUGAAGAAAAUCUGAGAAAUGCAAUUACAUCAGUUAGCAAGUUGAGGACAUUGGUGUUACUUGGGCACUAUGACUCUUUCUUCUUACAACUGUUCCAAGAAAUAUUUCGAAAGGCACAUAAUGUACGUGUGCUGCAGAUGUCUGCAGCAUCUUCUGAUAUUCUGAAACGUGGGUAUGAUGAGGUGGAUGGGGCUCUUCCUCAAGUUUUGAGUAAGCUGUACCAUCUUCAAGUAUUAAACGUCGGCUCAUACACUGAUCCUAUUAUACCUGAUGGUAUUGACAAUCUUGUUAGCCUCCGACAUCUUGUUGUGCACAAAGGAGUAUACUCUGCCAUUGCUACCAUUGAUAGCAUGACAUCAUUUGACGAGCUACAUGGUUUUAAGUUCAAAAUUUCUAGUGGCUUUGAGAUGACACGAUCCCAAACCAUUAGCCACUUUGUACAAGAUUCAGUGCAUCAGCUAGAUAAUGUCAAAAAUAUGAAGGAGGUUUAUGAGGCAGUACUUAAAAAAAACGAGCUCUUGGAGAAACUGCACUUAUCCUGGAAGGGAUCUUCAACGGGAAUAAGCGUGGAGCUCUUGCCAAUGGCAAUGGAGGAAUGCGGCUCAAGUUCUGAGCCUUGUAUGGGCACAGCAGGAGAGGUGCUUGGGGGUCUUGAACCACGUCGGCACAUAAAGACCCUCCAGAUAUCUGGGUACAGUGAUGCUACCUCACCAACUGGGCUUGACAGCAAUAUCUCGGUUACCUCCUUGCUGACAAUUCAUCUAUACGGUUGCGGAGAGUGGCAAAUGCUUCCAUAUUUUGAAAGGUUUCCCAAUCUAAAAGCACUGGUACUGAGUAACCUGCAGAAAGUAAUAGAAAUAUUGGUUCCAUCACUAGAGGAGCUAGUUUUAUUUGACAUGCCAAAGUUGGAGAGAUGUUUGUGCACUUCCGUGGAGGGUAUGAACUCUAGAUUAACAGCACUGCAGAUCGAGGAGUGCCAUUCACUGAAGGAGUUUGAUCUGUUUGAGAACGAUGAUAAUUCCGACAGCAGGCGGAGGUCAUGGUUGCCUUGUCUUAGAAAAUUAAUUCUGCGUGAUUGCCCUGAACUGAAAGUGUUGAAGCCUCUUCCACCUGCAGUCACCGUUUCUGUUUUACACAUCAGUGGAGUUUCAACACUUCCGAGUAUGAAGGGGUCAUUCAGUGGACAGUUACAUAUUGGGUAUAUUGAUGAGGAAGAGGAUGGAUGCAAUUAUACUGAUGAAUCUUCUGAUGAGUUGAGGAUACUGGAUGACAAAUUUUUGGCUUUCCAUAAUCUGAUAAACCUCAAAUCGAUGAUAAUAAUGGGUUUGCGGAAUCUAACUUAUUUCUCGCUGAAAGGUUUUAGUCAUCUCGUCUCUUUGAAAAGUUUGGAAAUAAGCACGUGCGAACAACUUUUCUCUUUAGAUUUGAUGCCACAGCAUACCCUUGAAGAUAUGUCAGCUGUGAACUUCAGGGCCUUCCCGUGUCUUGAAAGUCUCAGUAUCACAUCAUGUGGAAUAGCAGGGAAGUGGCUAUCUCUGUUGUUGCGACAUGCCCCGGACCUAGAGGAAUUGGAAUUACUGAAGUUAUUUUCGAUAGAAGAGGGAGAGUCGUCAUCAGCAGAGCAAGAUGACACAUUGACAGGGUUAGCUCAAGACGGCCUCAUGCACAUUCUUCCAGUAAAUCUCAUCUCCUCUCUCAAGAAGAUAACUAUUAAGUGGUGCCCUCGUCUAACAUUUAACUGGAGGGAAGAAGGCUUUUCUGGUUUCACCUCUCUUCAGGAGUUAAACGUUCGGGGAUGCCCCAAGCUGUUCUCGUCUUCGGUGCAUAAAGCCCGAAAUGAUGACCAGGCAGACGGAAGAUGGAUCCUCCCGACAUCACUUGAAGAUUUUGAGGCAUCACUGGAAGAGUCUGAGAUUUCUCAAGACUGUUCCAAAAGAACUACGCUGCAACCAUGCUUUCCGGGUGAUCUCACCAGCCUUAAAAAGUUAUGUAUACAGCUCAACCAAGGUUUGGAAAAUCUACAGCUACACUCAUGCACGGCACUGGAAGAACUAACACUUGAAGCCUGUGCAUCGCUCAGUGUACUAGAGGGCUUGCAAUCCAUUGGCAGCCUCAGGCAUUUGGCAGUAUCCUUCUGUCAUGGCUUGCCUCCAUUGUUGGAGUGCUUUUCAAGUCAGGGCUAUGAACUAUGCUCUCGGCUGGAAUCGCUUAAGAUCGAUGACCCAUCUGUUAUUACCAACUCAUUCUGCGAGCGCCUCACCUCCCUCCAAUGCCUAACACUUGGAUACAUGGUGCUAACAGAGGAGCAAGGUAGAUCCCUUGUGCUCCUUAAGUCCCUGCAACUCCUCGAAUUUUUUUGUUGGCCUGAUUUCCAAGAUCUUCCUGCGGGGUUGCACCUCCUUCCUUCCCUCAAGUGGUUGAGGAUAUGCUAUUGUCAGGGCAUCUCAAGGCUGCCGGAAUCAGGUCUCCCGCACUCGCUGGAAGAACUGGAACUCAAAGAAUGCACAAAGGAGCUUGCUGAUCAAUGCAGCCUGCUAGCAACAAACAAGCUAAGGGUCAAAAUUGUUGAUUGUACUUACUAA